CAUCGGUCGUCCGCCGGUUGUGACUUGACCGUACGCAUCGCUUCGUCUUACCGCGUGCGUGUCAUUUUAUUUUUUUUCUUCGCCACAGAAAAAAAAAGUAAAAAUAAAACAAAAAUGUUAAAGAACACUGUGAAAAAAUAUUGUUCGGAAGGGAGUAAAAUAAAUCAAGUCAUCAUAGCUGUAUUGAUGGUACUUCCUGUAUUUUCUUACGGUACUGCCGUGGGAUGGAUGUCCCCGAUGGGACCUCGGCUGAUGUCGGCCGAGUCUCCUGCGACGGAUCCAGUGCAUCCUGACGUCAUAUCUUGGAUGGCAUCCGUAGUGUACCUCGUGGGUACGCCUGCUGUGUUCCUGUUUGGUUAUAUUGUUGAUAAUUAUGGCAGAAAGAAGGCUUUGAUGUUUACUUCUUUAUCUAUGGUUGUAUGCUGGGGUCUUAAAUUAUAUUCAACAUCGACCUGGGCUUUGAUAACUGCGCGAGCCAUUAUAGGCCUAGGCGUAAGCGGUUCCUAUGUAGUAACUCCUCUGUACAUCAAAGAAAUCAGCGAAGAUUCCAUCAGAGGAGUGCUUGGGAGUCUCGUUGUACUGUCACAGAACUUGGGGAAUUUAGUGGUGUAUAUUAUGGGAGAAUAUUUGAGUUACGAGGCAACGUUGUGGAUAUGUUUAGCGAUACCAUUGGUGCAUUUGUUGGUGUUCACUACCAUGCCAGAGACGCCAUCUUAUUUGUUGAAGUGCGGAAAGGUUGAGGAAGCAAGGGAUACACUCGCUUGGUUGAGAUGCAGAGAUACAUCCGAAGCAGCGGUGGAUAGCGAGUUGCAAUUGCUUUUGUUAGAACUGGAGCAAAGCAAAUCGGGAAAUAUUAUAAGUCAAUUUAAAGGUUUAGUUACGGAUCGGAGCACUUUCCGCGCGUUCAGGAUCACAUUAACAAUAACACUGGCUCGUGAAAUGUGUGGUUGUCUCACGGUGUUACAUUUUGCAUCGUUGAUAUUCAGCGAAGCGAGCCAAGGUGGUUGGGUGCUGACUGCUAAUCAACAGGCGGCCGUGUUAGGUGUAGUACAGCUCAUCGGAUCAUGUACUGCAUCUAGUUUGGUGGAAAAGACCGGCAGAAAGCCUCUAUUAGGCACCACUUGCCUAAUAUCAGGAGUGGCUCUCUGCGUCCUCGGAUCCUGGUUCUACGUGCAGAGUUUGGGUGAAGGCGCCGGCGCGUCAUGGCUGCCCAUUGCCGCCUUAUGUUUGUGUAUAUACUGUGACGCCGCGGGCUUGCAACCUGUACCUUUUGUGGUAAUGACGGAGAUGUUUUCGUUUCAGCUCCGCGGCACUGUAACGUCCAUAGUGAUAUCAUUUGCAUGCGCCCUCGUGUCGGUGCAACUGCGAGUGUUCCAGCCUCUCGCAUCUGCCGUGGGUCUGUACCUUAUCUUCUGGUUAUUCGCCGGGAUCUGCCUCGUCAGCACCGUGUACAUAGCGCUGGUCGUACCGGAGACGAAGAUGCGUAGCAUAGAUGAAAUAUAUGCGGAGAUAGGAGGCAAGAAAAGUAAAGAGGGUAAAGACUGUGAAGCCAAUGUAACAAGGUUGUAAUUUUAUAACAUUGUAUAACCAAUAAUUUAUGUAUU